AUGAUUCGUAAUCAGUUACGAUUUGAUCUGAUAAAUAAAAAGCUACAUUUCCGGGAUAUUUUACUUACCAACUCUUUACCAAGAUUAAUGCCCAUUUUAACAACCAAGAGAAAAUUCACUGGCAAGACAUCAAACCCGUAUAUGAAAAGAGAACCGAUGAAUAAAGAUUCCGUUGACAAUAAAAUAGUAAAAACAACUAGUAGCACAACUGAAAAUGCCAACUCCAAUGCCAUAACCUCAUUGUUCCUGGCCAAAAUUGACCAGUAUUUCACAGAGACGAAGUUUAGGAUGAACAAAGAUCAACAGAAAGUGUUGAAAAGUUGUAUGGAAAAAGUUUACACCAGAAAACUGCCACUUUUUUGCUUCGAUGUUGAAGCAUGGGAGAGUAAUAAUAACUUGGUUACUGAGGUUGGGAUUUCAAUUUAUGAUCCUCGUGAACGAGAGUUACUGCUUCUUCCUAACAUCAAGCUGUAUCAUAUUAUUAUAGAAGAGCAUAGAAAUAAGAGAAAUGGGAAAUUUGUCCCAGACAAUAAGCAUAAUUUUGUUGGUGGCACUCUGCAUGUGCUAUCAGAAGUUGAAGCACAAAAAUUUAUAAAUAAAAUGAUUCACAAAUACUUUCUAGAUGAUCCCCAAUUAGGUUCCGCAUUUGUGGGGCACCACAUAGGGGGUGAUAUCAAGUGGCUCAAGACAAUUGGUGUGCAAUUCCCCGAUGAAUGCCCAAUUAUCGAUACAUACAGGAUAUUCCAGUUAUCUCAUGGGAAGUACGGUGGAGGCUUAAGGCUGAUCUUGAGGCUCGCAGAAAUCCCUCAUGCUUACUUACACAACGCAGCAAAUGAUGCGUACUAUACCUUGUUGGCUGCGUUAGCAUGGUGUGAUCCAAGUGUGAGGAAAGCUAGGGAAUUGGAUCUUUAUGUGAUACCUGAAGUGGUCCAAAAUCCAAGAAAGACAAAGGUUCAACAGCAGGAAGACAGAAGAGCCAAGAGGCAAGAAAAGUUUACAGACAUUGCCAAGCGAGUUAACGUCGACAGCUGCGAAGAACUCUUAUAG